AUUAACUGGCAAACGUUUAACACUAAGAUAUUUGGCGUUUUCUUUUUCCUACUGUUUCUACAAAAAAGGAUUUUGGUGACUAAUGUACAAAUUCUCACUACCUAUCAUUAAUAUUGUUACACUGACAAAACUAUAUUGAAGUACUUCUAACAUUUUAUAAUGUAAAAACAUUGACAGUCUCGGUGGAAUAUGACUACGUAAUGAGAUUUCUGUUUUUGAUUGUGAUUAUUAUGAUGGUUGCUAUUCAAAGUAACAAACUAUCUGAUCCGAACUGUCGAUGUUAUGUAUUUGACAGUAGAAUGCAUAAAUCUGGUACAUUUAAAACACCAAGUUAUCCAAAAAAGUAUCCAUAUGAACUGGAUUGUUUAAUGUAUCGUUUUCAAGGACUGCCGACAGAAUUGGUUAAACUUACAUUUUGGAGUUUCAGUUUAAGAAAGCCUAUUGAUAAAAAGUGUAUUGACUAUGUAGACAUGUUUACUACAAUUGAUCCGGAUAGACUGGUAUCAACAGAGCUCAAGACAACUUCAUCGUCUUUCACUCAUACACCUACAAAACGUGAACAAAUACCACGAAAUGUGUCUACAAAUCACCAACGACCAGCUGAUUAUAGACUUUGUGGAGAUUUGGAAGAUUUUCCACAAAAUGAUUUUUAUUCAAUCAGCUCUAUUUUAAUACUAAUAUUUCAUACAGCCUCUAGAACAUCUGAUGUAAGACGUGGUCGACCAAUGGGAUUCAUCGGUCAUUUUUCCUUUGAUCUAAAAAGUAAUUAUCUUUCAGAUGGAAAGCUUAAAGAAAAUACAAAAUGUAAUUAUGAAUUUCAAAGUGUAGAAACAGCAAAUGGUACCCUCAAAUAUGGAAAUUUUUUCUCCCCUCAAUAUCCAAGUAAUUAUCCACCGAAAAUAACAUGUCAGUACAGUUUCAAAGCAGAAAAACACGAACGCGUAAUUCUAACAUUUCGUUCUAUUCGACUGAAACCUACUUCACAGGAUGGUCUUACCGGUAAUGUUGAAAGGUGUAGCACAUGGAAUCACCUGCCCUUGCAGCACGAUUUCAUUACUGUUUCUGAAGUCUAUGAGGAAACCACAAAGACUCUGGCACGAAUCUGUAGUAAUGUAAUGAAUAUUCAAUUAGUUUCGCACACCUCAAAUUUGAAAAUGGACUUCGUAAGUCAUAAUCCUAUAUACCAAGGUCAAGGAUUUCGAGGAACUUAUGAAUUUGUUCACGAGUCUCGAGUGAAUCCUUCACCAUUCUUAAGUGAAGAGGAGAAUGGACAAGUUGACUCCAGUAAGAAUGAAGGAGAAAGUCAAGAGCUAUUACGAACAAAUACUAACAAGUCUAGAUUAUUGGUUGCUGAUGCUGGUUUCUCUUCAUCAAGAAAUAUGCAUUUCCGUGAAGUUGACGAUUUAAUACACUCUGACCUAAUGGAUGCUCAGUAUAGUAGUCAGUCUUAUUCCGAUAUGGAUUCAAAAUAUGUACAAAGAAAACUGAUCUUAUCUUCAGGUCCUUCAAAUCAUACCCAAGGAUUUAUUGUUUCUCCUAACUUCCCUCAACCUUAUCCACCAUCUACAACAAUAGUGUACACUUUCAUAGGUCAACCUACAGAAAAAGUAGUGGUUAAAUUCUUGUACAUGCGACUUGGAAAUUCUAACAGUUGUGAAAACACUUCAAUGGGUGAUCGUGUACAGUUGUUUGAUGGUAUGAAUACGGAAGAUCCGUUAAUUAUUGAAUAUUGUGAAAACAAGGUGGUAUUUCGUAAUAAACCUGAAAUUCAUAUGACCACUGAAGCAGAGUAUUUUCGUUCAUCUGGAUAUAUAAUGACAUUACGAUUUAAAAGUGAUGGAAUAACUGGACCUGAUGAACUGGGAUUUAAACUGUAUUAUAAUUUUGAACAAGUUCAACAUGAGAUCAGGCAUAAUAAAGCGUCUAGUACAUCCUUGAAUCAACAGAUCGGUGAAGAUAUAAGAAAGAAACCAUACAGUAGCUCAAAUGCUGUUCAUACCUUCUGGACCGGUGUCACCCUACCAGUAAUAAUAUUUACAACAACAGUGAUCUUAAUAAACUAUUCUACAUGA